AUGAAAGCAAAUACACAACAGUAUGCUCAUUUAUUAUCGGCUGAUGAUGAAACAAUUUUAAGUGAAAUAAUUGAAAAAGAAAAAUUUGAAUUAUUAAAACAAUUAGAAGAAGAUGGAGAUCAACCAGAAGCUUGUUUUAUUAAACAAGCACUUGAAGAAAAUAAUGUAAAUUUUUCCAUUAUUAUUAUUUUCUUCUUUAAUUGAUCGGUUUUUGUUUUUCUAUUUUAUGUUCGAUAGGAAAGAGAAAAGAUAAUUCGAGAACGAAUCAGUAAAAUGAAGAAUAUCGAUGAAAUUAAAUUAACAUCAAAACAAACCAAAGAAGACGAAGAACACUUAUUACCA